AUUGAGCAGUGGCAACCGUGACUGACAUGAACUUAACCAUACUUUACGAAUAAUUUUUAAAAAUGUUUUCCAUUUUCAUUUUUAUUGGUAUGGAAUGUAACUAAAAUAUUUCAAGGAUGAGUGAAGAGAGUGAUAAAAGACAGAAAUUUGGAAACCGCUUCCUGACCGAAGAAAAUGAUGUCUUCGAACAUAAUGCAUGGGAUGAUGUCCAGUGGAAUGAAGAACAGGAAAACGCUGCACUCGUUAAGGUUAAAGCGAAUAGUGAGGUGAAGUUCACUGAUGAUGAAAUCGAUAAGUACGAAACAGAGGCUGACAAAUAUUGGGACGCUUUCUACGAUAUCCACACAAACAGAUUCUUCAAGGAUCGCCACUGGCUGUUUACUGAAUUUCAGGAGCUUGAAGACUCCAACACUGAAGACAAGAAAAUUUUCGAAAUUGGAUGUGGGGUAGGAAAUACUAUAUUUCCCAUUUUGCAGUAUUCCACAAAUCAAAACCUUAAAAUUUACGGUUCUGAUUUUUCCUCCAGGGCUAUAGACAUUUUGAAAAAUGCCCCAGAGUAUGGCGAUGAAAGAUGUGAGGUAUUUGUUCUGGAUGCAACCAACGAAACAUGGAAUGUACCAUUUGAGGAAAAUAGUAUUGAUAUUGUCAUAUUGAUUUUUGUGCUAUCUGCCGUCACUCCUGAAAAAUUUCCUCACAUAGUUAAACAAAUUCAUAAAUACCUGAAACCAGGAGGAUUGUUAUUAUUUCGAGAUUACGGCAGAUAUGAUUUAGCCCAACUGAGGUUCAAACCGGGACGCAGUUUAUCAGAUAAUUUUUAUGUUAGAGGAGAUGGAACACGUGUAUAUUUUUUCACACAAGAUGAAAUCAGAAAUCUGUUUGAACCAAAUGGAUUUGAAGAAGUGGAAAACAAGGCGGACAGACGAUUGCAGGUGAACAGGGGGAGGUUAUUAAAAAUGUACAGAGUUUGGAUUCAGGCCAAAUAUCGCAAAAUAAAAUAAAUGAUGAUCA